CGUUUGUACAGGACAUGAUUGCAAUAAUUGUAUUGGUGUUGUUCUGGAGGGGGCGUGUUCGUUAUGCAAGGACGCUUCUUUAGUGUGCUGUGAUUCAGUGCAACACUUCUUUUUACUACGCUAAGAGCUUUACUGAGUGUACUAGUAUCAGUCAUUCGUGAACAUUUUAUCAAACUGGAGCUUUGAUUUAAAGAUUUGUCCCAGGCAGGUAACUUUAGGAUCCAGUGGCUCAUUGACCUGCACAAAACACACAAAUCAUCUCAUCUAGGGUUUCUGCAGUAAAGAUGGCAGCCUCUUUGCUCAGGGUAGGACGGCUCGGAUCUAUCAGGUGUCUGCAGACGAAGGGCUUGAGCUCUAUCAGAAGAGCUCCAGCUGUAGCUUUCAGCUCCAAAUCUGGGGACAGCAAGAAGUCCAAAAAGUCCAACAAAGAAAAAGCAGCACCAAAAACUUACUUCGAUAUAGAAAAACUUGUCCAGCACAAAUCAUAUGUGGAAUUCCCCAAGAAAGAGGUUGCAGCUUCAGUUGCUGCUGCUUCUGUUGCUGCCCCUCCACCUGAACCAGUUGUAACUGCCACAGCGCCUGCAGCCAAAGCUGCUGCAUCCAGAGCUGAAGCUGCUGCCCCCGCAGUUGAAGCCACUCCUGUAGUUGAAGCCACUGCCCCGGUAGUUGAAGCCACUGCCCCGGUAGUUGAAGCCACUGCCCCAGUAAUUGAAGCCACUGCCCCGGUAGUUGAAGCCCCAGAAGUUGAAGCCGCUGCCCCAGUAGCUGAAUUAACCGCCCCAGUAGUUGAAGCCGUGGCCCCUGUAGUUGAAGCCGCUGCCCCAGUAUUUGAAGCAACCACCCCAGAAGCUGAAGCCGCGGCCCCUGUAGUUGAAGCAACCACACCAGUAGUUGAAGCCAUGGCCCAUGUAGUUGAAGCCGCUGCCCCAGUAGCUGAAGCAACCACCCCUGUAGUUGAAGCAACCACACCAGUAGUUGACGCCGUGGCCCCUGUAGUUGAAGCCGCGGCCCCUGUAGUUGAAGUCAUUGCCCCAGUAGCUAAAGAAACCGCCCCUGUAGUUGAAGCCACUCCUGUAGUUGAAGCCACUCCUGUAGUUGAAGCCACUCCUGUAGUUGAAGCCACUCCUGUAGCUGAAGCCGCCACUCCUGUAGCUGAAGCAGCUGCCCCUGUAGCUGAAGCAGCUGCCCCUGUAGCUGAAGCAGCUGCCCCUGUAGCUGAAGCCACUCCUGUAGCUGAAGCCACUCCUGUAGCUGAAGCCACUCCUGUAGCUGAAGCAGCUGCCCCUGUAGCUGAAGCCACUCCUGUAGCUGAAGCAGCUGCCCCUGUAGCUGAAGCCGCCACUCCUGUAGCUGAAGCCACUCCUGUAGCUGAAGCCACUCCUGUUGCUGAAGCCACUCCUGUAGAUGAAGCAGCUGCCCCUGUAGCUGAAGCCGCCACUCUUGUAGUUGAAGCCACUCCUGUGGCUGAAGCAGCUGCCCCUGUAGCUGAAGCCGCCACUCUUGUAGUUGAAGCCACUCCUGUAGCUGAAGCUGCUGCUCAUGAAGUUGAAGCCACCCCUGCUGGUGAAGCCACUGCAGCUCCUGAAGCCCCUGCUUCACCAGCCUCUGAAGAUGCACCUACAGAAGAUGCCCCUGUCCAGGAACCAAUUGCUGAGGUUGUAGAAGCUGUCAGUGAAGUAGUUGCAGAAGUUGUGGUGGAAGCUUCCCCAGUUCUAGAGGCUGUUGCUGAGGUAGUUGGAGAAUCUGGUCCCAUUGAGCCGGUCGCAGAGGCAGCUCCUGCUGAAGAGCUGAUAGAUCCUGCCCCUGUGAUCUCAGAUGCUACUGAAGUUCCAGCAGAAGUUGUGGAGACGCCUGAGGCUGGAUUGGACCCCAUUCAGAAAAUUUUCCUGGAUUCAAUUCGUGCAUACUCCACAAAAAGCGGUUCCGCUGGUGGUCUAGUUGAUGCCGGUCCAGAGUAUCAGAAGGCUCUUGCUGAGGAAAUAACUAAACUGCAGCGGUUGUACGGUGGUGGUGAUCUGUCUUCCUUCCCUGACUUCAAAUUCCCUGAGCCUAAAUUUGAUGAUGUGUCUUCCAAGUAAAAUUCUGAUCCCCUCCUGUGCCAAUUUUGUGAAAGAAGUCUAUUAAAUGUCUUUAAUCUGUAAAAGUGAACCUUUUGUGAGACUCUUACUAAAUAGCUAUUUUUCAAAUAUUCUUAUGUCUGAUGGACAAAACGACCUGUGUUAUAUAUAAUGCAUACAUGGAAGAAAGCAUAAGCUUAGCUGUGGAAUAAAUGCUUGUUGCUUUUCAUAAUGUUUGUUAGUGUAAAAUACCUGGGAAAAGAGCUGAAUAAACUGAGCCGCACAUCUUC